AUGAGUUCCAAUACCAUCCCUCCUAAUUUUGGAUCCUUCACUCCUGAACUUAUUGUGCCUGGGGGCAAAAGCCUACAUCCUGUCACUCCCUGGAAUUACGAGGCUCGUUCUCAGAGCACUGAGAAGAGCCUCCUUAUUUUCAGGAGGCAACCGGAGGAAUAUAAACUAAUCAACCAUCCUGGGUUGCCAAUCUCGAAUGAUUCAUGGAUACUUGCAAUGACCAGGAUGCACAAUCAGCCCCCGAAGGGUGCCGUGCCUUUGCCUCUGGUGUUGGCCAAGGUCACAAAGCUUGUGACAGAAGACCCUUCUUACCAUGGAUUCCGCUACUGGACCAGUUGGAUGACUCCAGACCUCGAUUGGCUCUAUGUCAUUCUCGAAAAUCCCGCCCCCAAGGAAAAACGCACUGUCCAUACCAGAAAGGACUCUCACGGUUCCUCCGUCUCCGACAAUCGUGAAAAGUGGGAAGAGAAGUCCGCAUCCGCCUCUGCAAACAAUACUAGCCACGCAGAGGAGAUGACUGGCACUUCUCAGGCUCCAAAUAACCUUGAGGAACCGUUUCGAUCUGCCCUUGAAGCCGUCAAAAAUGCAAGCACUCAUCAGGUGCCCACUGUCUUUCCUCACAGUGAGAGCAACCAAAAAGGUCGCCAGGCAUUUGCUGCUUCUGAAUGGGACACUUUCAUCAAAAAUAGGCGCUCGUGGUUGAAUAAGCGGAACGAGCAGAUAGCUGGAGAAGUUGCCUCGCACAACAACAAAAUCACCGGACCGUACGCCUAUCUCUAUCCUCUUCCGAGUGAGAGUACCUGUAGUGAGUCGUCAAAGACCAGCGACUAUGAUGAAGGGAACCACAUUCUCGCAACAACCAAGUACACGAGGGAGCAGUAUACAGCACUUGCUUCGAAGUUCAAGUGGCUGAAAUCAGACACCAUUGGUAACACCGAUAAUAUUACCGGGUCCAAGGAAUCCCACACAAAGACCACCAACAACACAGCCAGUAAGGAAACCAACAACUCUCGUACACCCUCAUACGAGUGGACUCAACAACAGAACGAAUCUUACACGGCCCCACGGAGCACAUCCUCCUCUUGCGUAACCGACAUCCACGACCAACCAAAACUCACCGCCACAAAAGACAUGUCUGCGAGCAAAGCUUCUCAUGACAACUGUGACAAUAAUGAUAGUGCCUGUGCCAUGCAUAGGUCGCCGCUUGACGUGCAGUUUUACGUGGUUCGCGACGAGGAUAUUAGCGAGCUCUAUUUGAACGACAGUACCAGCGACAGGACUGAGACAGGGAAGUUUUGGCAUUUGGUUGCUUAA